AUGCAACACUCCUGUUCCGCACCGGGUCCCACUGGCUCCUUUGUGCUACGUUCGCUGCAUGGGGAGGCCCGGGCGAAGUUCAAUCAAACCGUGGCGCAGCCAGGUGUAUCCAGUGAGAAUGUCACGCUCUGCGUGCCGCGGUUGAAGGAAAUCAUCAAUGUUGCGACGAACAUCAAGACGCCCUCACUGAUACUCGCCCACGAGUCCUCGGUACUCACCUACUUCCCCAUCAUUAUCCCCGACAUCACCUCGUUACAGCCCGCAGUCCCCGUCAUUCAGCCCAACGUCACCACAAUGUCUCCCUUCGUUGCCGAAGUAUUCACCGGCCUCACCAGCAUCAACCGCAUCUCCCAAGUACUACAUAUCUUGAUGCCUUACCAACCUGCCAUCCAAAAUGGCCGCAACCUUUCCUACACCAUGACCGCAUUCGAGAAUGUCUCGUACACAAGCGACUCCCCCAGUGCCGUCGCAGAACGCUGCGAGAGCGUUGGCGGAUUUGGCAGCAGGCAGAAUGAACACUCAGUUGUUCAAUGCGGCGACCAGGCGCAGGCUGUUCGUCAGGCUCCGUGA